UUGAUGAUCGGACACGCUGAUUUCAUUGUCUGAGGAGACAGUGAGACCCAGGAAAAAUCUUGCUGAAUCUGCCUGCUCCAGCACCGGCCUGAUUUGGGAUUCUCCGAUCCUUCCCGUGACCGCACCACGCCCCGAGAUGAAUCUACGUUCUGUAUUUACUGUAGAACAACAAAGGAUUUUACAGCGUUAUUAUGAAAAUGGAAUGACAAAUCAAAGUAAAAAUUGCUUUCAGCUCAUAUUACAGUGUGCACAGGAGACUAAGCUGGACUUCAGUGUAGUCAGGACGUGGGUUGGCAAUAAGAGAAGAAAAAUGAGUAGUAAGAAUUCUGAAUCAGGAGCAACAACAGGAACACUUGCUGGUACCUCUUUGACAGCUCCAGACAUUACAGUCAGAAAUGUAGUUAACAUCACUAGACCCUCAAGCCAACAGUCUUCUUGGACAUCUGCCAAUAAUGAUGUCAUUGUAACUGGUACAUACAGUCCGGCAAGUUCAUCAAGUAGGCAAGUGACAACCAAACUUUCAGAUACACAACUUACAGAAGCACAUAAAAUUCCUGUUCAGAAAACAGCCAGUAAAAAUGAUACUGAGUUUCAGUUGCACAUUCCUGUUCAAAGACAAGUAGCACACUGUAAAAAUGCCUCUCUGCUCUUAGGUGAAAAAACAAUUAUCUUAUCAAGACAGACAAGUGUGCUAAAUGCUGGAAACUCAGUAUACAGCCACACCAAGAAAAACUAUGGAAGCUCUUCAAUGCAAGCCUCUGAGAUGAUGGUACCUCAAAAGCCAUCUGAAUGCCACCGACCUUGCAAAAUUGAACCAGUUGGAAUUCAAAGGUCAUAUAAGCCCGAACACACAGGUCUAGCUUCACAUAACUUAUGUGGACAAAAGCCACCUAUUAGAGACCCUUACUGUAGAACACAAAACUUGGAAAUCCGCGAAGUAUUUUCAUUGGCUGUUAGUGACUACCCCCAGAGAAUUCUAGGAGGAAAUGCCCCACAGAAGCAUAGUUCAGCAGAAGGAACUUGUUUGUCCAUUGCAAUGGAGACUGGAGAUGCUGAUGAUGAAUAUGCCAAAGAGGAAGAGUUGGCAUUGAUGGGAGCACAGAUACCAAGCUACUCAAGAUUUUAUGAAAGUGGUAGAUCCCAUGGAGCAGAGAACCAAAGUACUGCAUUGCCUGGACCAGGAAGAAAUAUGCCAAAUUCCCAAAUGGUAAAUAUUAGAGAUUUUUCAGACAAUGUACUGUAUCAAAACAGAGACUACCAUUUGACACCACGGACCUCAUUACAUACAGUAGCUACUACAAUGUACAGUAAUACAAAUCCAUCACGGAGUAAUUUUUCAUCGCAUUUUGCUUCAUCAAACCAGCUGAGGUUAUCACAAAACCAAAACAAUUACCAGAUUUCAGGAAACCUUACUGUGCCUUGGAUUACAGGGUGUUCUAGAAAAAGAGCACUACAAGAUCGCACUCAGUUCAGUGACCGAGACUUAGCCACCCUUAAGAAGUACUGGGACAAUGGAAUGACCAGCCUUGGUUCUGUCUGUAGAGAGAAAAUUGAAGCAGUUGCAACUGAAUUAAAUGUUGACUGUGAAAUAGUUCGGACUUGGAUUGGGAAUCGAAGAAGGAAAUAUCGUUUAAUGGGGAUUGAAGUUCCUCCUCCAAGAGGAGGCCCUGCUGAUUUUUCUGAGCAGCCUGAGCCUGGUUCUUUGUCUGCACUCACAUCAGGAGAGGAAGCUGGUCCUGAAGUAGGAGAAGAUAAUGAAAGAAAUGAUGAAGUAUCUAUCUGUUUGUCUGAAGGAAGCUCUCAAGAAGAGUCCAGUGAAGUUCCAAAUGAGGCAAGGGCUCAUAAGGAAGAGGACCACCAUGCAGUAUCUGCAGAUAAUGUGAAAAUAGAAAUUAUUGAUGAUGAAGAAAGUGACAUGAUAAGUAAUUCUGAAGUUGAACAAGUGAAUUCUCUCUUGGAUUAUAAGAAUGAAGAAGUCAGAUUCAUUGAAAAUGAGCUAGAGAUUCAAAAGCAAAAAUACUUUAAACUCAAGACGUUUGUUAGAAGCUUGAUACUGGCUAUGAAAGCUGAUGAUAAGGAACAACAGCAGGCACUGCUGUCAGAUUUACCUCCUGAAUUAGAAGAGAUGGAUUUCAAUCAUGCCUCACCGGAGCCUGAUGAUACCUCAUUCAGUGUGUCUUCUUUAUCUGAGAAAAAUGCCUCAGACAGUUUGUGAUUUGAGGGGGAUAUGUAAUACAGCCUUUUGGCUGCCUAACAGGUGUACAUUUCAAGAUAACUUCAUUCUGUUGCCUCAAAAUUCUUCAGUUGGAAAAACAUAUUGUUGAAACUUACAUGUUCUGUGAAGAAUGGACAAGAUAUAAUGGCUACAGUGCAAAAAUGUAUGUGAAAUUUAAAAGCAGCAUUUUUUCCAAACUGACAAAAAUCUGGGGAAAAGUGUAUUUAAUUUUUAGCAGUUUAUCUAUGAAAUGCAUAAUACCUAAUUUCUGAAAGAUUUUGUGUGGUUUUUAGAAGAAUCUUAGUUUUAGUAAUAGUUUUCACCAGAGACACAAAAAUAAAGGUAUUUCAACAUUGCUUAUCAAGUUACUAAAGUUUGGUUAGUUUUGUUUUGUAGCCAUUACAUCUUUCUUCUCUCUCCUUUCCUAUCAUCCACAUAUACUUUUACUCAGGAAAGUGGACUAAAAUUUGAAAACAAAACUUUAAAAAUGAUUUUACUUGGAUGAGUCCUGGGAUUUAUUUUCCAAUUCCUAUGAGAAUUUGACUUAAGCUAAUGAUUGAAAAUUGAAGUGAUUACUGGUAUAUAUGUGUAAAUUGUUGGUAUUCUUCUUCUGUUUUCUAACCCAAAUAUCUGGGGGUAGGGGGAAGCACUAUGGAAAAGUAAUUAACCAACAUGAAGUCAAAUAAAUUCAGUGUACAGAAACAAAAUGUUGUAAAACAUUAGUCUUAAUGAGGAUUUUUCAUUGCUGUAAAUGAAAAAUAUUGAUAAGACUUACCUUUUACUAGUAAAUUUGUGUAACUGAGUUAGAUGAAAUGUUGCACAAAUAUUACACAUUUAUAUUUGUUUCAAUUCUUGCAUUUUAUGAAACAGGAAGUCAAGGUGAGGCAGAGUCUUCUUUUUUAAUCUAGUCACUCAGCUUUGCCACAAAAUUUACCUCAUUCUCAUGUGAGGCUUGUACAGAGCCAUCAGCCAAGGAUAAUAUCCAAAAUGAGUUAUACACUACUAUGAAUGUAACUCACAAUCCUCUGAAUUUCCUGGACGUUAUUCAGUGAGUACACUCCUAAAAUGGGCAUGUUACCCAGUUGUUCUAUGAGUAGGUACCAGAUGGCUACACACUGUAGAAAAUUUUUGCAGACUGUUUCUUCUGGGGCACCAGAUGGUAUUAACAAGACCCAUAGAAAGGUAAAUGCCAGUUUCUCAGUUUCUCCCUAAGCACACAGAAUCAUCUAUUUGUGAAUUGGCUGUGUGGAAUUGUGUUGCGUGGUUAAUUUACUAUUUAUUCCUAAAAGAUUAAUCAAGUAGCUAGAUUUUUUUUUAGAGAGAGGGAGAGAGAGAGAUGAGGAGGGGCAGUGGGAGAGGGAGAGAGAUAAUCUUAAGCAGGCUCCAUCUCCAGCAUGGCUCCCUACUAGGGCUCAAUCUUACAACCCUGAGAUCAUGACCUGAGAAGAAAUCAAGACUCAGAUACUUAACUGACUGAGCCACCCAGGUGCCCCAACUACGUGGUUCUUUUCGCCAAGUUUCUAUGUCACAUAUUUUUGUAAUUUGCAAGUAAAAUCAGUUUUGAUCUUGGAAUUUACAGAUACCAAUUUAUGAAUGCAGAAAAGCAGUCAUAAAUGCUCGAAUUCAUUCAGUGAAUAUUUUUGAACUUGAAAUGUCCCCUCCGCACAUGUGUAAAUAGUUAAGGUUCGUUGAUAAUCCUUCAUUUUGUUAGCUAUUGUUUAUUAUUGUUGCCAUGCUACUGCUAUGGUUCUUUUGUUAACAAAAAUAUUUCAAUGGUUAGUUAUGACCCCUUUUAGCUGAACGCCAUAUGGUUCUUUUCAAAUAACGUUUAGUACUCCUUGCUGACAAGUAAAAUUCCAUUCAGAAAAAGAGUGCUAAGUAAAAGGAUCUCAGACACUAAGAUUAAAUUUAUAAGCCACACCAAUUCCUCCAUGAGCUAGAGUCCCUACUAUAUACAGCAAAUGUAGAAACCAUUUCUUAAGAUAGAAUGAACAAAUUUCAGGCUUUCAAGUCUCUCUUAGGCGCUUCCUUCCUAUCCAUUGAAUCUAUCUUUAAACUCUAAUUUCUUCUGCUUUAAUUUAAGUUCUUUCUCAUUCUGUUCUUAUCACCAAGUAAGGAUAGAUAAUUAUCUCCUACAUCUUCAACUUUAUGGACUAUAUUUGUCACAUCUCAGCAACUAGUCACCAAAUCAAAAACUAUUCAUUGGGCUUCUGCUAUAGGGGCAUUGGAUUUCUACUCCUCAGCAAGCCAUAAACUUCAAAAUGAAUUAUGUCUUUUCACUUUUUCAGGGAUAACAAUAAAAAAUUAUUAAGUAGAAAUUUUAAUAGAUUUAAAGGUUCCGUUAGGUGUGAUUCCUAUAAAAAAUCCUCAUGUAUAAUUUUGAAAAGAAGCAUAGAUGAUUCCUUUAUUCCUAUUUAAAGUUUCAUUAAAAUAGAAACAAUAUACUUAGGAAUCCUUUUGUUUUGGUAUUUGUGUUUCAGCACCAGAAUUUUCUUUUAUUAUCAUUAAAAUUAAAGCAUUUUAUAAAUGACAUUUGGUUGUUCUGUACCAGGAACCAAAGGAAAUAGCUGUAUCUAGAGAAAAAAAAUCAUAAUUGACAAAAUGAAAUUAACCAUUGCAGAGAUUUUAAAAGAUGUCAAAGCCAAGUAUUAAAAUUUUAUUAUGAAGAAAUUAUAUUUUUGUACAUAUAGGUUGAAAUUUUUUGAGACAUCUUAAAGCAGAAAAAAUAUCAGUUUCACUGCUUUUGUGACAUCUUCACAAAAGGGGAAGAAAAACAACUAGUGUUUCUUUCUUUAGGGCUUUGACACGUUAAAACAAGCCAUACUAUGUGAAGCAUCUCUCACAAAGACAGAUAUCAAGGUGAAAAAGGUUUUCUUUCCCUUUUCACUGCAUUUUGAUGUCUGCUUUCAGCUAGGGAUAGCCAGUUUCUAAGUAACAAAUGUUUAUCUAAGGGCACUUACCUUAAAAUGUGUAUUAAAAAUAACCUGAAGGUACCCUCCUCAUUCCACCCAAGCUAAUGUUAGUCACAAGAAAAUGAGAACUGCAGUUAUCCUGGAAAAUAGGAAACUUAGCACAUGCAAGGAAAAUGUUAAAAAGAAAAUUGGUCUUUUUGGAGGGCACCUGGGUGGCUCAGUUGGUUAAGCAACUGCCUUUGGCUCAGGUCAUGAUCUUAGGGUCCUGGGAUGGAGCCCAGCAUUGGGCUUCCUGCUCAGCAGAGGUCUGCUUCUCCCUUUGCCCCUCUCCCACUUGCUGUCUCUUUCUCUCUCUAUAGUGAAUAAACGUUUAAGAAAAAGAAAAUUAAUCUUUUCAUGGAAAUGGGAUAUUUUGUUAUAAGGUCAGGUAUCCACAUUAGGACUUCUAUGCUACCAUUGUAAUAAUGAUAAAAUGUUAUUGUUGAAGAAGAAAAAGCUACAAACCAAUCACAUCUUGUGCUCUCUAUACUACCAGACUUCAAGAAAUGUUGGAGAGGCCAUUUCCCCAAAGGAAGCAGCAUCUAUUUUAAGACACUUCCAUAUUCAGCCAUUUUAAGUUUGUAGGAGAAAACGUAAGUGGUGUAUUUAAAAGAAUUCUAGGCUCUAAAUUAUACUUUAUUGCUUUAUGUUUUGGAGGAGGGGACAGUCAGCCCAUUUCCAAGGAAUAAUUCCCCCCCCUUAGCCUGAUGGUUCAUUAUUAUUUUCUAGGAGAAAUUCUGAGAAAAUUUAAAUUCUGCCCUUCUCCCACAUUAUAGUAAUGGUAUACAAGGAAUAUUGUCUAUUUUAAAAAAUAUAUUAGAUUUUCAUUCAGGUCCUCAAAGUGACAUAUUCUGUCAAAUUACCUUUUUAAGGGAACCAUCAGUGCUAUAGUGUCUAAAAGAUGAAUUAAUGUUUAUCUUUGAAGUUGGUGUUAUCCUUGGCAGACAACACUAUCAUACUCAUCCUAUCAAGCUAUGCUCUGUGAUGAUAUAAGGGAGGAUCCUGAUAAUUUGGGAGACUACAGUUAGCAUAUCGCCCCAAACAAACCAUUAUUAAGAACAGAUUUGCUAAGAGGGAAAAAGAAUAAAAUAAUAUUUUCAUGAAAAUACAAUUGAUUGCUCCGUUAAAGUUUAUACUGAGUAUAUAUUGCUCUGAAUUGAAAUUUUAUUUUGUAUUAACUUGUUAAGUAAUUCCUUUAAGUGAUCCUGCAUCCCAUUUUACUGAUACUACCUCUGAAAUAUAUUACCACCUUAAAAGCACAUCACUGUAAUGUGAUUUUUGUAGGGUUUUUAUUUAAACUUUUAUAGAGGCAAUAAAUGAUUUCCAACUAAUAGACAUCUAUUUCUUUCUUUUA